AUGGUAAAGCGCGGCAAUGGUCUCUCUCCACAAAAAGAUCUCCGUCGUUCAAGUCGUGAGCGGUCGAUGGUUUAUCGCAGCUUAGCCGAGAAUGAUCUCGCUGAACGCCAUUUACGUGGAAGUUUCAUGAAAAGUAUUAUACGUACAGCAACGGCACAACUCCACAAGGAGCUCAUUCAAGCACAGCCUGCCGCUGGCUAUACGCGCUCAGGACGGAGAAUCGCAGGAAGUAUACACUAUGAGGAAAGUGAUUCAUCAGAUGAGCGUGAGUACGAAAAAAGAAGGCGAAGAAGGUAUGUGAAAGAAGAGUACGUUGAUGAAAACGUGCGAUCACCUAGCCCUAAACGUGGUCCCUUGAGAAGACGUGAUGUCAGAGAAGAUGAAGAAAGUCACGAGAAAGAACAGUGUCCACCAGGAGAUCCGGGCCAGUACGAUAUUGAGAGUGCCAAUAUGUACGACACAAUCAAAAGAGAAAGGAAAACUGUCACUCCUACGCCUCUUCUUACCUCUCCAACUUCUAUUAAUGGGAAUCACCCCAAGAGGGCUAGUGAGACUGCUCGGAGCUUGCGCCAUGCAAAUAGAGAAAGGAUUUCGACUGGUGAUGUCGUGAAGGACGAACCUAAUGGUGAAGUGGAAGGAAGCCAGUCUAGCGAAGAG